CUGACUCUGCAUGGCAGACUCACCCUCAAACACUCUCUACCUCCAGUGACCCGAAUCCACACUUCAUUCAACUUCACUUAAUCUUCGCAGCUCGUUAAAAAAAGAAAAAAAAAAAAAAAAAGCUAUCCAUUUGUAAAUGGAAUGGAUACAAGUACAAACACCAUGCACAAAAGAAAUUGAGUUUUACAAUCAGCUCGACUCCACAGAUGACAUGUCAAUAUUAUUCCACCAUGCGGCGUGGAGUGACGAAACAAGUUCAGCUGGAAGUAUUUUUGGUGAUGAAUUGGGUCUGGAGGUAGGACCUCUAAUAUGCUCCCCCUCUGCAGAAUACAUGGUGGAGAGUGUUUUGGGGUACGGGUCGUUUGGAAAGGUCGUCCACUGCAAGAAGCUGCCCGGGAACGAGUCAGUAGCGCUUAAAAUCAUCAUGCAGAAAGACUUCAUCAGCGACGCACACAAAGAGGUGGAGACCCUGGAGGUGCUCAAAAACUUUAACUUGGAGAAAUUCAACAUCGUCAAAUGGUACAGCUCCUUCGUCCACGAGGGUCAUUACUGUCAUGAGUUUGAGAAGCUAGACAUGAGUCUUUACCAAUACCAGGCCACAGAGAAAAAUUCUCUGGAGCUCAAGGAGAUUCGGCCCAUUCUGCAGCAGGUGGCUGUAUCUCUGCAGCUCUUAAAGAGCCUGGGCAUAGUCCAUACCGACCUCAAACCCGAUAACAUCAUGCUAGUAGAUCACGUACAUCAGCCGCUGAGAGUGAAAGUCAUCGAUUUCGGCACAGCCAAUUUGAUUUCGGAGAGGUGUAUGGGUUCAGAACUUCAGACGCUCUGGUUCAGAUCUCCGGAGAUUCUGCUGGGAGCGCCCUUCAGUGAGGCGAUCGAUAUCUGGUCUCUCGGCUGCAUUGCAGCAGAACUCUUCAUGGGCAAGGCAUUGUUCCCUAGCAGCGAUGAGUUCGAUAUGAUGAGACACAUACUUCGCGUCAUUGGAAAGCCACCUAACCAUCUCCUGAAUACUGGCGUACAUACAAAACAAUAUUUCCGACAUUAUACUGCAAGAUGUGGAAAAAGGACACCAAGCCUGUGGAUGUUUAAGUCAAGGUUGUACAGUUCCUCUUGCAUACCCUGCACUGUUAACAGCCUCGAUGAUCUACUGGAGGGAUGCAGCGAGCUGUCCGGAGAAGACGCGAGCGCUGACGAUCUUGACAGGAGGACCUUCAUCGACCUACUGGGGAAGAUGCUGCAGCUGGAUCCCAGCGAAAGGAUCAGACCCAACCAGAUUCUUCAGCAUCCCUUCAUCACCAUGAGCCACCUUACCAGGGACUUCAAUGAGUGCCAAUACGUUAAAUCCUGCUCGGACCUCCUGAGCAGGCAUUUGACUGAGGUCUCGCCGAACCAAGGCGAUGUCCAGCAGUCCGGUGCAGUGUGACGCCACCAUCAGACCUUCAAGAGUCUCAAGGAGGAGAACCAUGUUGGAAGAUUCAGACAAAUCAAGACCAUGGGACAUAAACUAACAUGGCGCAGGCGGACAUCCUUCUAGCUGUUUGGUUUUGGAAUGUUUCAAUAGCAAUUGGAAUAUACGGAAAAAUAUCAAGUGAACGUCAAAAUCAAACAAAAAUGUAAUUGUCCUAUGUUAAAAUGCCAUGUGUG